GCUGCUGAGGACGGGUCCGGCAUGGGGCACCUUGGAGGCUCAUUUCUGCUGAUCGCUUUGCCCAUUUUGCUUCAUAUUCGGGGUGCUGCAUCUCACUCUUUACCUGCCUGUGACCAGCAGCUGGAGUUUACAUGCGAUGAUGGAUCGUGUUUAUCAAAGCUGAAGUUGUGUGACGGCCACACAGACUGUGCUGAUGGAUCUGAUGAGCACCAUUGUGCUGAACAGCUGAACUGCACCCCUGGGUCUUUCUCCUGCGGGCCUACCGAGGCCUGCCUGCCCAGGAACAAGCUCUGUGAUGGGUGGAACGAUUGCAGAGAUGGACGAGAUGAAGCCCAGGACCUGUGCGGUUCAGUCCAGGCCUCUCCUCAGAAGUCCUCAGCUUGUGCAGCCUCAGAGUUUCGGUGUGGAGACGGAGCGUGCAUCCGGCAUGCAUGGAGGUGUGACCACUCCUCGGACUGCUCUGACGGCAGCGAUGAGGAAAGCUGUGAUAUCAGCAAUCAGGAUGAAUGUCAGGACAAUAACGGCGGCUGUUCCCAUUACUGUUUGGACCAGCCCUUUGGUUUCCUUUGCCGUUGCCCGGACAACAUGAAGCUGGUCGAUGACAGCCGCUGUGAAGAAGUCGAUGAGUGCCUGGGGAGUGACAUCUGUGACCAGCUGUGCGUCCACAGAAACGGCAGCCUCACCUGUGAAUGUCAAGAGGGCUACCACAUGGACCCACGGACCAAAGAGUGCAAGGCCGAGGGAAGUGAAGCUCAGCUGGUUUUCAGCUCUUCAAAAGGAAUCCAAGUGAAAAAUCUGAUUAACAAGGAGUAUUCGAUACUGGUGCCUCAUUCAGUGGGACAUGGUCCAAUAGCGGUCCUGACUUCCACCCAUAAUGCGUACUGGGCGGAAUGGGGACGCAACUCCAUAUACAGGAUGUCAAUAGAUGAAAAUACUAAGGAAGCCGUGCUGGUGUUGAAAGUUCAAAGUUCAGUGUCUGGGCUCGCUGUGGAUUGGAUUCACCAGCUUCUCUACUGGACCAGCGCUGAGGCAGGUUCACUUAAUGUGGCGCUGCUGGAUGGUUCGUUUCAACGUCAACUGAUCGCCGGGCUCAACCAGCCCUCUGCGGUUGCUGUGAAUCCUCUCCGAGGCUUCCUCUUCUUGGCUCAGUGUGGCAGCACUCCAGUGAUUGAGAGGAUUACUCAAGAUGGACAGACAAAACUUCCUUUGGUUACUUCUUUAAUCCGCCGGCCUGUUGCCCUCUCUCUUGAUUUGCCUCGACAGUUGCUCUACUGGUUUGACCAGGGAUUGAGGAGCAUCUCCAGGAUAGAUCUUGAAGGCCGCCACCGUAAAACUGUGGUAGAAUCCAAUGGCUACCUGGACCGCUUAUUUGGACUCGCAGUAUUUGAGGGAUCUUUAUAUUGGGGUGACGACGCUACACACUCCAUAUGUCGUGCCAACAAACACAAUGGCAAAAAUCUCCAGGUGAUGAUGUCAAACAUCACCUUAUCUGGCGGCUUGGUCAUCGCUCAUCCAGCGCUUCAACCAAAAGGAGCGGCUGCGUGUGGACGUCCCGGGACGGUGUGCCAACACGGAUGUCUUAUUAAUCUGACAUCAGAGAGGCAACAGUUCAGCUGUGACACUCGACAAACAAGACCCAAUAAAACUCAAGUUCCUUCUAUUGCUCGCUCUGUUCCUGCUUCAACUUUAUCUGAUCCAACGUUCGCUGGAAUCCUGUCUCUUGUCAUGCUUCUCAGCUUGCUGCUGGUGGGGAUGGCUUGGUGGUGGUGGAGGGAAGAGGAUCGUCCUUCGAGGUCUUUCACAUUGCAGAACUUUUCUCUGAAAGAGUCCCAGAACCCACUCAUCGAUCAGGGGCCUCCUCUUGGUCAUAACACGACUUUAGUCAAGGAAACUCCUCUCAGGCUGGAUUUGAACUCUGACUGAAGGUGCAGCGCCAGCAGACAGCUGGCUGUGCCCCUCCUGCUGAUUUUUCAUCAUGGCAAUAAUGUUUCAUUAUUGCCAUGACACUCCCAGACUUUCAGGCUGUCGUUUCCCAGCAUCAUUUGGGUGUGAACAUCGUAGAAGUAAUGACAUGAAUGUCUGAGGUCUGGCAGAUGUGGUGGCCCGCCAUCAUUACUUGGUUCCCUCAGUUUGAUGGGUAAUAACUUUAAAUUAAAUUCUUUUGGAUUUCUGCUGUUGAUGUUUAUGAUUCACUCUGAGAGCCUUUGUGCACAAAUGGUCAACAGAAUAUCAAAUUAUUAGCAAGGCAACACAUUUAUUAGGUUAAGAGUUGCAACCUGAGACUCUUUGACAUCUAGAAGAAAUAGGAACUCAUAAUUAAAGUAAUUGGGUACCUGAAUGUUAGAAUGGACCACAGUUUUCUCGGAUCAGAUUUUCUAGUAUAUUGUGUGAAGAUGCUGGGGUGUUGAAUUACUGAGAGGGUUUGGUCAAGUUGUUUUUGUUUUUCAGAGAGUUAAAGAACAGUACAUGCAAUAUAUUUAAGUGCACUUUGUCCUUGGGCAUUUAAUAGGAUUAUAAACAUAAGUAUUAAAGAGUAAAUUGGGAGGUAACUUAAUAGUUUUCUUGAGUAAAACAAUUGUUCUUUUGGUUUGCUCUUAUUACCAUCAGCUCUGUGGAUGUACUGUGACCUACCUGCUGCCCAAUGAGUACUUGACUAAUUUAAAAUAUGCAUUAUUGUUUUAAGUUCUGAAGACAAAAUGCGCAAAUUAAAUCUAAACUGUCAAAAGGUAGAAAAAAAGCCCCUGAUUUCAUUGAGUCCAAUCAAAUAUUGUCACAUUCCUUUUUUUCCCGUUAUUGAGUUGAGAUUUUGGUUUCUGAUCACAUUAAAACACUGAGCUUAAACUUCAAGUGGCCUCUUUACAUAAAAAGAUUUAUUCUGCCUGAACACUGAAAGGAAAUAUUCCUGCAUUCCAGUUCAGUUUUAUGUAAAACGGCAGGAUUUAAUCUUCUCUACCUUCAGUGCCUUGGAUCAUUUGAUCUCUAAACACACAAUGCAAAAGGGUAAAAAUCUGAAGUGUAUGACAUGCUUCUAUAUUCAACCCCUCUAGUCUGGUGCUCUUAAAUACACAUUAAAUCCACCUGUAUGUAAAAUACAGCUGUUCUGUUAGACCUGAAGUUGUACCUCAAAGUCCUUUCCACAGUUUUCCACAGAUUCCCAACUGAAUUUAGUUCUGGACUUUGACUAGACCAUUGACACAUAAAUAUGCUUUGAUCUCCUCCCAGUCUGAUGUCUUCUGUAAUUGUUACAGGUUUUUUUUUUUAAUAUAAUUUCAUCAAUACCAGUUAUUAAUUGGAUAAUUUAAAAAAUAUGUAGCAGUGUCAGAAUACAGGGGAUCAAUACGAAUGUUUUUUAAAAAGCACUGAAAACUGCAUUAUAUUCCUUCCUCUUCAUGUAAAAUCCAUGUUUUUGGUUAUAAUGGUUGUGUUUAUAAUAAGAUCAAAUUUGAAACAUUUUCAAGGGUUUGUGCAAGCAACUGUAUAAGUAUUAUUUAAUUUUUCUGUUUUUUCAAUUGUACCAUGAAUAUUUUGCCAGCAUUUCUUUGGAAUGAAUAAAUAAAAGCAUCGUUACGUUUUUUUUUUUUUUUUGGUGCAAAUGGUGUGGGUAAAGCGAUGAGGGUUUCUUUGACCUAUAAUUUGCUUUCAGAGCUCUUAUUGUGAAAUGGGAACACGUUUUUUUUUUUUUUUUUUACAUUUCUGUGUUUGAAUUCCUGACAGUUUAUUUAAGUCUUUUAUUCUUGUGCAAAUCUCAUUGACAUUUAGUCACACCUUCAGGACAGACGUUUGAGAGAUAAUGCGGUAACUGUGCUUUUGUGUUCUACGGUUUGUAUUUAAGGAAGGGUUUAUUUAUUUUGGGUGGAAUUUCAUAUGUUGCAAAAGUUUAUUUGUACUUGGUACGACACUGCUGAUGCUGUAUUAGAUGAACCCAAUAAAUUCAUGUUUUGGGUCUUA